AUGUACGAUUCGAUGCCCGAAUAUUACGUGAGUUCCGACUCGUGCGGAGACGACUCGCUCCGACCGAAACGUAAAGCCGACGGUGAAUUCGUGCAGAAAGUGAAGAAGUCUCGACGUGUUCGUGCCAAUGACCGCGAGCGCAACCGGAUGCACAACCUGAACGAUGCACUCGACCGUCUGCGCACCGUCCUCCCAUCGUCGACGGACGACAGCAAGCUCACCAAGAUUGAAACUCUUCGUUUCGCUCACAACUACAUCUACGCCUUGACGGAAACACUCAAGAUGCUGGAUGGGGAAGCCGAAAGUUUCAAUCCUGUCCUAGCAGCCGUCGCCCUGCAGGGAUCCCAAACCAAAACGUGCGAUCCGACUCUGAAGCAGACAAUCAGGAAAGAGAUCACCAUCACGCUCAACCUGCAGGAUGCGCGGCUCUCCCCCGAGGAAUUAUCCACUGCAUCCGGAAGUCUCCCCGCUAGUCCUCUGAGCUACCAGGACAGAUCCUCCCCCGUCCAAUUCUCUAAUUUCCACCAAGGACUCGUCUCAACGUUACAGCAAUAG